AUGAAGACAGACAUAAAUGAUAUCAGAUUCUUAAUGAAACAAAACAACGAAUUGAUGUAGCAAAUCUCGCAUCGUCUAAAUAAUAGAAAUUAAGUAUUUUAAUUAGAGGAGCAAUUAAAGACGGAAAGAAAAUAAUUCAUUAAUACGACUAGAAAAGUGGGGCUUUUAAGUAAUUAACUAGAAAAAAUCUAAUAAAUUGUGUUAUCUCAAAAGGAAAAGUUAAAAUCACAAUAACAAUUAAGCAAAUCCUAAUUAAGAUAGACUUAAUAAAUCCCUUAAAAUUAAACUGUUGAAAAAGUGAGAUCGAAGUCUUCAAACAUUAAAAAUGUUGAUGUUGGUUUUAUAAAAUCUAAAAUUAAGUAGGCAUUGCAAGAAGUGAUGUGUGAAUAUUUGGACUGA